GAAUAUUACGCGCAAGUGCUCACGGGUAGGGUGUUUAAUCCAGCAGUUCACUGGUGUAUCUUAUGCGCGCGCAGUUAAAAGCGCGCGGGGAAUACAACAAUCAAAAAAUCCAAUAUGGCGCGCGGUGCCACAGAUAAAGUGAGAAAACCGCGAGAAAAAACUCCGAGGACGAAGAAACUAGAAGCUUGGUCGUGGGUCGAGGAAACAGAUCUUAAAGAUAUUACAUUGGAGCAUAUAGAGACUGUCUAUUGUACAAAGAAAUCCGCGUGUCCCCUGGGUUCUUGCAGGGUUAACUGUAAGUUCAAUCCCAACUGCCUGAACAACCUUGGAGAAAAGAUGUGGCUCAGUGAGAUAAAAGAUGACUAUUGGCACACAUGUGAGGACCCGGAAAAUGAGAAGAGAGGAGAGAAAGCGUUUGUAGGUUUGAAAAACCUUGGAGCCACAUGCUAUGUCAACACAUUUUUACAGCUUUGGUUCCACAAUCUGCAAUUAAGGUCUGCUGUGUACCAGUGGGUUGCUGCAAAUGAUGAUGCCAGCUCUACCCCAGUCAAGAGCCUUUCUGAAAUAGCUGACCCUACUUUAAAUACUGAAGACAAAACUGAGGUAGAUCAUUCCUCUCAACCCAAAGAGCAAACUGGCAGCAGUGAUUCAAGAGGGCUUCCCCCUCUUCUUCCAUCAAGUGCUCUGACCUGCUCUGGGAGCUCCAUCUGUGCUCAUCUACAAGUAAUCUUUGCACAGUUACAAUACAGUAUCAGGAGGUAUAUCGACCCAAUGCCAUUGAUUCAUGCCUUAGGAUUAGACACUGCACAACAGCAGGAUGCUCAAGAGUUCAGCAAGCUUUUCAUGUCACUUCUGGAGUCUACACUCUCGCAUCAGUCAAACCCAGAAGUUCAAGGUGUCAUCCAAAAGCAGUUUGGUGGAGACUACAUCUAUGUUACUAAAUGCGACAAGUGUGGAACUGAGUCCAAACGACCAUCAAGGUUUUAUGAGCUCGAUCUGAACAUUCAGGGCCACUCUUCAUUGAAUCAGUGUAUCAAGGAAUUUCUCAAGGAAGAAAAACUGGAUUGUGACAACCAAUACUUUUGCACUCAGUGUCAGAGCAAACAAGAUGCUCGACGAUACAUUGAACUAAAGCACCUUCCACCAGUACUCAACCUGCAAUUACUGCGCUUUGUAUUCGACAGGAAAACUGGCUAUAAGAAGAAACUGCAUAGUUUUGUGCAAUUUCCUGAUGAGCUGGACAUGAGCAACAUUUUAAGGGACAAAUAUCAAGGUGAUUUAAGUACAGUGUAUGAGCUGUCAGCAGUGCUGAUGCAUCAUGGGAGCAGUGCAUACUCAGGCCAUUAUGUUGCUCAUAUCCGUGAUAACAAGACCAAGUCAUGGUAUAAGUUCAAUGAUGAAGAUACAGAGAAAAUGCAAAGUAAGCUAAAGCUGACUGGAGAUGAUGAAAGCUCAGAACCAGGAGAGAAACCCAUUAGGAAACCCAAGUGUGCUAAAGGCUUCCACACCUCAAGGAAUGCUUACAUGUUGGUUUAUACUCGCCGAAAUGAAGUUGAGCCUGAAGAGGAACAUGUGCACGCACCCAUACAACUCCAGGAACUAGUCGCCAAGGAUAACUCCGUGUUUGAGGCAUGGACCCGUGAGAUGGAUGCCAUCAAGGAAAGUAUGAUAACAGAGGGUAAGAUGAACCAGGCUGAGAUCAGGUCAAUUUACGAGAUGCUCCCAGCUGCCACAACAGAUUAUGCCGAGUGGGUCUCCACUGAUUGGCUUAGAAAAUGGUUGAGUGACAAGUACAAAGCCACGCCCCCUAUCGAUAACUCUUCUCUACUCUGCUGUCACGGGCGAUUGAGCCCUGAGAAAUAUCAAUACUCAAAGAGGAUAAGUUGUAAAGCUGCAGAUGUCCUGUACACGAAAUACGGUGGCGUACCCAGACUUCAGAGGGACUCCAUGUGUCGCGAAUGUGUCCAGCGCAAGUGUCGAAGCAUACAGUUCCGGCUAAGACUGAAUGAAGACGACAAAGUAAUCAAGGCUCUUAACAAGCCCUCACACAAGAUCUCCACGACCAGUGAUGACCUAUGGUACUGGGUUGGCAAGAGCUCAUUACAAAGCUGGAAAAAGCUGGCUAUUCUAGAGCAAGAAGCGCAGGAAUCGGUGUGUGACGCCUCCGUGAUCUCCAUACCAUCUGCGGCACCUCAUACCACAUCUAAUGGCGAGUCGAAUGAGGAUAAAACGUGCAAGAACACCGCUAAACGAACCGCAGAUAGUAUGUCCGAUGCUAAGACUAGCGCCGAUAAAGAGGAUACUGCUAAUAAUGGAAAGAGACUGCGUGUGAGUCAGUGCGGGCGCGAGAUUGAGCGCAUUCUCAAAGGGCAGAGUAGUGGUGAGGAACUUAGUGCGCCUGAAGUUCCAGGCAAUGCUAUUACUAGUGUGCAGGCAGUAGCUGGUGGCGGCGCUACUAGUCAGCUGAAUGGGCACAGAAAGGAGGACGAGGAGGAGAGGGCUAGUUCUCAGGGGGACUCGAUCACUGAAGACGACGACGAUAGUGGCAUCACCAAGUUCAAUGAGGAUUUACUAUGUGAACACGACUGUCUGUCGACAAGCGAGUCGUGCCGCCGUCUAGUGCCGGCCAGCAUCUGGCGCAGAUUACGAUCAUACUUCAGCUUCGCCCGCGAGUUCGACGCUACAAGCCCCACGUGCGCGCAGUGCCAAACUCGCAACGAGGAUGAGCGAAAGACGGCAGCGCAAUACAAGACGCAGGCAGCGCAGGAGAGAAGCGCCCUGGCCAAUCUAUAUUAUAACAGACAAAGACCAACAUGUCCAAGUCAGGAUACACCCGACACUUUCUUCUAUAUAGUAGCGAAUGAAUUUCUGGACCCGUGGAGAUCUUUUUUAAGGAGUCCGAUUCGAUGUGGUCGUCCUCGUGGGAUCACCAACGCCCCAUUGCUGUGUCCACACGACCACCUCAUGUUCAGCCCAGAAGCCAUUGGUGUGGUACAGGAUGAAGAACUCGCGUUCUUGUAUCAACACGAGUGGGACACGCUUACCCAGUUUUACAGCUUCGAUCACGUGAUCAAGGUGACCAAUGAGAAGGAAGAAAACGGAGGGUAUAGACUGGGCACUAGUCCAGAUGUCUGUCUAGAGUGCCAAGCAGCGCGUAUAGAGGAAAAGGAGCGCGAAUGCGAAAAUUACCGCCAUGCCACCAUCUACGUGCGCAAGCUCACGCAAGACCAUGACGCCGAGGCCGUACAGAAUGAGUUUGACGAAAGCAAAGAUUGCAUCGACCUUGAUAAGCCCCAAGACCCCGACUUUUCGUCGAGCAGCUGUAAACGACCUCGUCUAAGUACGGACGGCUCUCGGAGAAGCUCAAGACAUCGGAAGCAGCGAGGGGAAAUCUCCUUGGUAGUUCACUCGACCCAGUCACUUCGAGACGUCAAACUGGAGUUGAUGAAGGCGUUCUCCGUGAUGCCGAUGGACCAGCAUCUGUCUUUGAAAGGCGUUCAACUUACUGAUGACGAGGCUAUGAUAGGUCGGCUUGGCAUCCGACCAGGCUGCUUAUUAUUACUCAAGACUGACGAGCCGACGGAGGCCGCGCACGCAGACUCGUACUUACCCGUGGGCUCCGCUCCCGAAGAGGGGUUCAAAGGCACGGGUCUACUUGGUCACUCUUAGCUGGACUCACCCUGUUACCAGGUCACGGACUGAAACCAUUCCCAGAUAAUUUUGAUUAAUAAUAAUUAUUAUUAUUAUUAUGACCAUGACAUGUAGAAUUAGCAGCAGAAAUGCUAAAUAAAGUAAUUCCCUAUUUGUGUCAGGGAAGCU